AUGUCCUUGCCAAAAGAUUAUAUCAAUGAAUUGAAUGAAUUGAAUAAAGAAGUGCAACGUAAGAAUCCUCAAGAUAUCUUACAAUUUUGUUUUAAUUAUUUCCAAUCACGUUUAGAAGAUCAACGGAAACAAUUAUGGAUUCAAGAACCUAAAGCAAGAGCUGCUGGGAUUAGUUUAUUUCCAGGUGGUAAAUUAACUAAUAUUGCUGAAGAAGAACCAUUCCAAAGACAACCAUUAUUUAGAAAUUCAUUUAGCAAUGAUGAUCCACAUUCAACAGAUUUAGUUGAUCCACAUCAUAAUGGUUCUGAUGAUCAAGGUCCUGGUUCAAAUGAUAUUUUUAAAAGUGGAUUCCAUGUUGGUGAAUCAAAUAAAUCAAAUAUAGCAAAUGCAGUGGAUCCUCAUUCUUCAGGUCCAAAUUCAGGUUCAGGUUCAUCAGAAAGUCCAUCAAAUUUCCCAACAAGAAGAAUUUCUCAUGUUACACCUGGAGCUCAUCAUCAAUCAGUUCCUCAACAACCACAACAACAAGGACAAUAUUCACAAUCAUCACCACAAUCACAACAACAAGUACAUCAACAAAGUCCUGGUCCUCAACAGGCUUCAUCUAGUUAUGCAGGUGGAUUUCAUAAUUUACCAACAACUUUUAAUGCUAAUAGACGUACAUCAGUUAGUGCAGAAACUUUCAAUCCAAAAUCAAUUAAAGAUGAUUGGAAACCACCAAUUAUUCCAAAAACUCAAGAACAAUUAACAAGAUUAAGUAAUUCAGUUGUUAAAAAUUUCUUAUUUAGUUCAUUAGAUGAAGAUUCUUUUAAAACUGUUAUAAAUGCAUUAGAAGAAGCUAAAUAUCCAGCAGGUACUGAAGUUAUUAGACAAGGUGAUGAAGGUGAUUUUUUCUAUGUUGUGGAAACUGGUUAUGUUCAAUUCUUUGUUGAUGGUAAAAAUGUUAAUAGAUUUGGUGCAGGUGCAAGUUUUGGUGAAUUAGCAUUAAUGUAUAAUUCUCCAAGGGCUGCUACCGCGGUUGCUGAAAGUGAUUUAGUCUUGUGGGUCUUGGAUCGUGUUACAUUUAGACGUAUUUUAUUAGCUAAAACUUCUAAAAAGAGACAAUUAUAUGAAUCUUUCUUAAAAGAAGUUCCAGUAUUAAGUCGUUUAUCAUUAUUUGAAAGAUCAAAAUUAGCAGAUGCAUUAGAAACUGAAAGUUAUAAAUCUGGUGAUGUUAUUAUUAAAGAAGGUGAAGUUGGUGAAAAUUUUUAUCUAGUUGAAAAUGGUGAAGCUGAUGUUAUUAAAAAUCAAGGAGGAUUAAUUGGUCAUGUUAAAAGAGGUGAUUAUUUUGGUGAAGUUGCAUUAUUAAAUGAUACACCAAGACAAGCUAGUAUUGUUGCUAAAACUGAUGUUCAAGUUGCAACUUUAGAUAAACGUGGUUUCCAAAGAUUGUUAGGUCCUGCAGUUGAAGUUUUAAAACGUCAAGAUCCAACAAAACAUUAG